AUGGAAAUUCUCCAAGAGUUAAACGAACAACAAAAAAAAGCGGUCUAUGAAGAACAUCCGCGAAUAUGUGUGAUUGCUGGACCAGGAUCUUUUAAAUUUAUUCAACGGGAAGAAAUUAAAGACGUGUUAGCGCUCCUAAAAGGUAUUAUCUACCAAGACAACGUUUCUUUAUUAAGAGUGUUAGGUCUUCAAGAAAAAAUUGGUGCUCGAACUGUUGAAAAAAUCGAACAGAACAGCGAAAAAGAAGGAAUUAGUAUCUAUAAUUAUCUUAACAAUUUCGCUACGAUUACUAAUUUAACCCAGGAUAAGUUAGCUGCUGGACAAGUAGAAAGAAUUGGCCUAGUUAUUCUCAAAAUUAACAAAGAAAAAAAUGUCCAACAAUUUAUUAAUAUUGCUCAAAAUUGGGAGAAAAAAAGAAGAAAAGAAUAUCCUAAUUUAGGAGAAUUACUUAAUAAUUUUUUACAAUGGAUAAUAAUUGCUUUUGAGGACAAGAAAUUGAUUAAGACUCGGAAUAAUUUAAUUCUUUCUUCGGUUCAUCAAGCCAAAGGUUUAGAGUUUGAAGUAGUAUUUUUUGUCUAUUUAGAUCAGGGUACUUUACCUUAUAAAGAAACCCAAGACCUACUAGAAGAAAAGCGCUUAUUUUAUGUGGGAAUUACCCGAGCUAAAAGACGGUUAUAUUUGUUAAGUAGCAAAGAUUUAUAUUCGCCUUUCUUAGAUGAGUUAGAACAUUCUUUUUUGAAUAAA